CUUCACGUAUUUUGGCAGAGUUCGCAGGUAAAAACAUAUGAAAGCCCUAGGCAAAUAAAAAACGGCGGAAAACGAUCAACGGCUGUAGAGGUUUGAAUCGCCUUGCAUCCUAUUUAGGCGAUGUGUGCCGUCGAUUGUCCAAAUUAACUCGCUCGAUUCAAAUAAGAAAACGGUUUGGCGUAAGAAAUCAGCCCCACGCCAUCCGUUUUGAAUAUGUAACCUUCUGAAUCGAGGAGAGAAUGCCUUCACCUGCAGGCCCACAAAGGGCAUACAUAUAAUGCUACAGAGAAGUGGUUCGAAAAUGCCGGAGAUGGGUGGGGAAAGCCAAAAAGGAAAGGAAAAGGAGGUUCCCGUUUCCUUCGACAAUCUUCGGGACAAGAACCUCAUGCAACUCAAGAAGCUCAACACUGCGAUUUUCCCAGUCAGAUACAAUGACAAAUACUAUUGUGACGCCCUCUCUGCCGGGGAGUUCACCAAGCUCGCCUAUUAUAGUGACAUCUGUGUGGGGUCAAUUGCAUGUCGCCUUGAGAAGAAAGAGGGAGGAGGUAUUCGUGUUUACAUCAUGACUCUGGGUGUACUGGCUCCUUAUCGAGGGCUUGGUAUAGGAUCAAAAUUGCUGAACCACUGUUUAGAUCUCUGCUUGCAUGAUCCAAACAUUUCAGAGAUUUACUUGCAUGUGCAGACAAACAAUGAGGAAGCCAUAUCAUUCUACAAGAAAUUUGGGUUUGAAAUAGUUGAGACAAUUAAGAAUUAUUAUAUAAAUAUUAGUCCUCCUGAUUGUUUUGUUGUAAGGAAGAUUCUGAAUGCCUUUCCCAAGCCAAAGGGUUCAUCCUGAAUUGAAACUAGAGACUAGAGAAAUUCUAACUCUGUAUUUGUAGUGAUGCAAAUGCAGAAGAAAUUCAUUUUGGCACUAUAUAUUGAUUUGGUUAUAUAAUGUAAAACCAAAAAGCAUUGAAAAAUGAGGCAAUAUUAUACAGAGUUCAAGGUUUUUGAGGAA